AUGGAGACGCGGAGCAGGCCAUGGAGCUUUAUGCUGUUCGCCGUCCUCGUCGCUGCGGCGUCGGGCUUCGUGCCGGCGGAGGCGACGGGCUGGUCGAAAGGCUCGGCCACGUUCUACGGCGGCAGCGACGCCUCCGGCACCAUGGGUGGAGCGUGCGGGUACGGCAACCUGUACUGGACGGGGUACGGGACGGGGACGGCGGCGCUGAGCCAGGCCCUCGCGGGCGGCGACGGCGGCUGGUGCAACCCGCCGCGCGCGCAUUUCGACAUGGCCCAGCCCGCCUGGCUCCACAUCGGCAUCUACAAGGGCGGCGUCGUGCCGGUGCUCUACCAAAGGGUGGCCUGCGAGAAGCGAGGAGGGGUGCGGUUCACCAUGGGAGGGUUCGAGCACUUCCAGCUGGUGCUCAUCUCGAACGUGGCCGGAACCGGGGACAUCAAGGCGGUGUGGGUGAAGGGGACGGCCACGGAGAGGAUGCCGAUGAGCCGGAACUGGGGCGCCAACUGGCAGUCGCUGGCGGCGCUCGCCGGCCAGGCGCUCACCUUCGGGGUCACCGACACCGGCGGCCAGACCGUCGUCUUCCCGAACGUCGUGCCGGCGUGGUGGAGCUUCGGCCAGGCCUUCACCUCCAACCUUCAGUUCUCCUACUGA